GCGAGAGCGCGAAAGACGGUCACGUGAGCGGGAGAAGGGUCGCGAACGGCCAACCGCUACAUUGCAGGUGUCUGGCAUUCCUGCUGCUGUCACCGAGGAAAGGCUUGAGGCAGUGGCAUGGGAAAAGGCCGUGGCAGCUGGCUCUUCGAUGCCCAAUGCUGUGAAAUUUGAGUACAGUGGACACCACUUUGAAGGGACGGCCUUGGUGGAGUUCCCGCACAAGGAAGCUGCGCAGAUGUUCAAAGAGCACAUCGGCAAUUCGCUGGAAGUGGAUGGUGUCAGCUUGGAUGUCAGGUACAAGAAGCUGGCAGGGGAAGUAAGUAGAAGCAGGAGCCGAGAGAGAACUGAUCGAGAUGAGCCUAGUGUGACCUUAAUCGUCAAGGGCAUCGUUUCGUCCACACGGGAGGACACGCUAAAGGCGGCCUUUCAGACGUAUGCACCAGUCAAGGAUAUCCGUCACUUUUCUCGACGUGGCUUCGCAUUUGUGCAGUUUCAUACAGUGGAGGAAGCUGUCCGAGCUAUCAACGGCUUUGAGAAGAACAGCCACAGCCGUGUGGAUGGCAUAAAGGUACAAGCGAACUUUGCCAAAGAGCGCGAGGAACCAAUUCGAGAGGGGCGACCAUUCAUGCUAGCGGAGCGGAGCUUUCUUCAAAAGCAGGCCAUCGCCACAGCGGAG